AUGCUUGAAGAAGAUGAUUAUGAUGACGAUGAUGAACCACAAGAUCCAGCAAUUGUUCUUAAACACCAAAAAUAUAAAACUUGGCUAUAUGUUCUUCUUCUCAUGGUGUCUUUAUAUAUUAUUUUCUACGCUACUUUGAUGAAGACAGAAUCUUCAACAGUUACUGUCUCUGAUAUUACACCUGUCAAAUUCAAUGAACUUUACUCAAAAUAUAAGGAAACUCUUUCAUGUCCAUGUUCAGCAACCAGCAUAUCUUAUAAAGAUUUUGUUUCCAAUACAAUCAAACUUCAUCCUGUUUGCUCAAGUCGUUUCGUUAGUCAAGAAUGGAUUCAUGCGUUAUAUUUAUCAAAUGCAAGUCGAUAUAGAGUAUCGGAUUUUCGAGCAACAGCUAGUUCUCAGUCGCACAUCAAUUGGACCGAUUCUGUUCUAACUUCGAAGCAACAAAAUCUUUCAUUUAAUGAUUAUUUAAAUGAACUCUUGAUUGACGAAUGGUUACCAAAAAUAAAUUAUUCAAAGUAUUUUGAUCAAUGUCAUCCUUCAUUCUGCACAUAUACGACGGCACAUCGAGCUAAAUUCAUUUAUGGAAUUACUCUUUUCAUUAGUCUCUAUGGUGGUCUCAUUAUGAUACUUCGUUUAACGACAUCGUUUAUAUUAUUAUUUAAAUUGCCUGAAAUUCAAACUAAUUCGACAUCUAUCAUCUGUGUUUGUGCCACUAAUCCUGAUUGUCAAGCUGCGGCUGUUGUUUACGAUUUUAGCUACCAUGUUCAUGAUAUUGACUACGUUAAUCUUAUUCAAAGAAUACCAGGUUUUAUUAGAGGCUGUCUCGCUGGUGAUUCUCUUCUAAGAUCGACCCUUCAAUGUUUACAUUCAGAACCAAAUUCGGAUUCAGAUUGUUUUGCAAAUCUACUGACUUACUCAUCAGAUUCGGACUCGAUGCUUAAACUAAAUAGAUCCAUGUUUGAUCUGCAUCCUCUUGUUUAUAACCCAGAACGGAGUCAUUUUUCUCCAAAUACUUUAAUAUCAACUAUCAUCAAAGAAAUGAUGGUGGAACAAUGGAAUCCAUCUCUAUCGUAUAAGGACUUUUACGAAUCAUGUGCACCGAACUAUUGUACUUAUUAUAAGAAAAUGCGUACGAAGACUAUCAUGGGAAUAUUUAUAACAUUAUUGUCCACGAUCGGUGGUCUUGCUGUUUCUCUACGUUUUAUCACUCCUUAUUUUGUCAAAUUGCUCUUCAAAUUAUGGACAAUGAUACGUAAAAGAAAACAAAAACAACAAGAACAACAAGAACAGCAAGGUAAUCAUUGA